GGCAGAUGGAGGGAGAACUUUACUUUAAGAGUUUGGUGAGCAGGUCUCCAGUCCUCCUCAGUGACCCCUUCCUCCACUCAUCUCGUCCUCUCCUCUCCAAAGACCUGGACUGCUCCUCCUCCUCCUCCUCCUCCUCCUCCUCCUCCACCUCUCCUGGUCCCGGACCCACCUGGCUUGGCCCGUUGAAGACCCCCUCUCUCUUGCCACGACUUCCCUGAAGAACCUCAGAGUUGUGCUUCCAGUCCGGGACCCAGAAGCCUCCUCUCUGGACCCCCUCCUCUCUGGACCCCCUCGUCUCAGGACCCCCUCCUUCGCCCUGUCCUCCUCGAACCAGGCCAGUGGUUCUGUGGGUCCCGGGACAGUGACCAGGACCGGACCAUGCUGUCGGACUUCCUCAGCCCCUUUCUGGAGCUGGAUGAGUUCUGCAAGAAUUUGGGCGGCGUAGAGACGGCAGAUGGCGUGUCCUCCGGCCUGCAGCACGGCGCGCGCGUCCGGGGCUUCCAGCGGCGCCACUCCCUGUGCCCCGUCUCUCUUCCCAACUCCAAGUUCAACGCGGGCCCCCGCGAGGAGGAGGAGGAGGAGGACCCGGGGGCCCCUGGCCGCUGGGCCCGCGAGGGCCGGCUGCCCGGCUCCGCCCUGGGCCACAUCCCCUUCCGCGUGGACCGCUCCGUCAGCAUGAUCGAGGGGGGGCUGGGGGGGGAGGACAAGAUGGCCGCCGCGCCGCCCCGCCCCCCGCCCGGCCUGGGACUGAGCGCCGCCUCCCUGUGCUCCUCCUCGCUGUCCCUCUCCUCCUCCUCGCUGUCCCCGCCCGCCUCCACGCGCUACAAGACGGAGCUGUGCCGCACCUACGAGGAGAGCGGCACGUGCAAGUACGGCUCCAAGUGCCAGUUCGCCCACGGCGAGGAGGAGGUGCGCGGGCUGCACCGCCACCCCCGCUACAAGACGGAGCCCUGCCGCACCUUCCACACGGCGGGCUUCUGCCCCUACGGCGCCCGCUGCCACUUCAUCCACAACGCCGACGAGAUGCAGGACGCCUCCUCCUCCUGCUCCUCCUGCUCCCCCGGCCCCGCCCCGCCUCACCGGCCCCGCCCUCCUCUGCUCCGCCACAGCUUCAGCUUCGCCGGCUUCUCCUCCUCCUCCUCCUCCUCCUCCUCCUCCUCCUCCUCCUCCUCCGGUGCCGUUCCUCAGACCCUGGGGUCCGCCUUCCAGGCCGCCCCCUCCUCGCUCCUCUUCUCCCGCGCCGCCUCCGUCUCCCCCCCCCCGUCCUCCACCUCCUCCUUCGGCAGUCCGGAGCUCCUCUCUCCUCUGUUCCCGGAGCCGGGGCCCCGGUCGCUCCGCUCCUACCCCUUCUCCGGCUCCACCCCCUUCUCCGGCUCCUCCCUCCUGGCGGCGGACGUCGCGGACUCCGCCCUCCGCUUCUACGCCCUCAGCGAUGCCGUCGCCAAGUGCCAGGCCGCCGUCUCCUCCGCCUCGUCCUUCGCCGCCGCGGGGCUGCAGCGCUGCGCCUCGGCCGACUCCCUCUCCGAGGAGGGGUACACCUCCUCCUGCUCCCUGAGCUCCGGGGGCUCUGACUCCCCCUGCUUCGAGGGCCGCCGCCUCCCCAUCUUCAGCCGCCUGUCGGUGACCGACGAGUAGACCUGAGGAGGAGCGGGAGGCCGGAACACCCCGGGACUCCAUCUCCCAUGAUCCUCUGCUCCUGCCCGGACCGCCAGAGCGGUGUGUGUGUGUGGUCUCUGAGCUCCCUACUGUGCAUAUUGCAUUCCCCUCAUCCUAGCAGCGGUAGCUGCUCCAUGUUGCUCCAGUUUUGGCAGACUCUCGUGUUCUGUGCCCUGGAACGUCUGUGUACUGUUGUAUACCGUUCAUAGACCCCCCCGGCCCGGCUCUGAGGGAGAACCUCUGGGAGGGGCCGUCUCCCGCUCAGAAGGAGAAUCAAAGGGCUCCCUGACGGCCAGGGCGCCCCCGCCCUGCCCUCUGCUGCGGGGGUGAUUUGUUCGUUCAUUGAGACACCAGAGGUUCGGGAGCCCCUCCCUCUAGGUACCAAAGCGGACUGUAGCCCCUCCUUCAGCGGCUGGUUUUAGCCGGUGUUGACGUCGUAGCUUACCACUGUUCCUAGUUAUUUAUUUGGUUGUAUUGAUUGUGCUUUUGUAUUUUGACGAUGCUUCUCCCCGUCAGUUGUGACGUAGUGUGAUGGAUGUGGCGAGGAGGAGAGAGUCCAGAGGAGGGAACACACUCGGCAUUCCUACGUCCUGUUGCCUUAACCUAAGCGUUCCCAAACUGGGAAUCUGCUCCUCGCCUCCUUCACUCUGAGUCGUGGAAUGACGUGUCGUAUGGUCCCAGCCGACCGGUGCCACUCUGGGACGGCUCCUUCUCAGCACAUCCAGGCUGAGGCUGAGGGCCACUCUCAGCUAACCUGUUGCCCCAACUACAGAUCGACACAGACACCGGGCAGACCAGCAGUGAGCUGAGUGACAGAACCAGCAGUGAGCUGACUGACAGGUAGAACCAGCAGUGAGCUGACUGACAGGUAGAACCAGCUGAGAGCUGACUGACAGGUAGAACCAGCAGUGAGCUGACUGACAGGUAGAACCAGCAGUGAGCUGACUGACAGAACCAGCAGUGAGCUGACUGACAGGUAGAACCAGCUGAGAGCUGACUGACAGGUAGAACCAGCAGUGAGCUGACUGACUGGUAGAACCAGCAGUGAGCUGACUGACAGGUAGAACCAGCAGUGAGCUGACUCACAGGUAGAACCAGCUGUUGUUGGGUGAAGAUACAGGAACCAGGCCACAAGCGUCUUAUGAAGGGAAAAAAUAAAUUUCUUUAAGGCCUGUUAUUCUUUAAGUGAAUUCAGAGCUAAUUCAGGUGCUGAUGUUAACUGUUAGCCACGCUGAUGUUGGCGGUAAGCCAUGCUGAUGCUAACUGUUAGCCAUGCUGAUGCUAACUGUUAGCCAUGCUGAUGCUAACUGUUAGCCAUGAUGAUGCUAAAGUUGCUAGCUUUUGGCCUUGAGGUCAAGGUCCUUUUGACAUUUGUUAAUUUAAAAAAAUCUAUUUAUUUGGUUGUUCAGAGUGAAGUAUAUUGUGUUUCCUUCUCUUUUUUUAUAAUUUAAUUGCAUUGAUUGUUGACAUUCCAUGGAGUGAUAUUCAGGCUGUUUAUCUUAAUAUAUUGUCCAUUUUGCUUUGAAAAUAAAGUCAUUGAAAACA